AUGGGUAUGAUAGUUAUGACUUAUGAUGACUCACAUUCAAAGAAGAGAAAACCGAAAAAAAAAAUUAUAGAACAUUUACCAACAUCAACAAUAACUAUACAUGCCUACGAACAAACCCCACUUCAGUGGAUAAGAUGGUUGCGCUCCAGUUCACUCAAGAAUGGGACAGCAGUGGUCUGCCGACAAGCUCAUUCUGAUCGUGGACACACUUGGACGCAGUACAAUGGAAUCCUGAAGCACCACCACGAACACUACCAUGCGUCCGCCUACGGUGCGGUAAGGCACCACCCUGUUGUCCCAGCAGCCAACUCUAGCCCUUAA